AUGGACUUGGAUGGUUGCCCGGGUACGGAUGGCGAUAAGGAGGCUCAGUUGGCGCACUCAAUAGGUGCGGGAACACCUGCUUCCGCCGCCGCUGCUUCUGCCGCCGCCGCUGCCGCCGCCGCCGCCGCCGCCGCUGCUGCUGCUUCUGCUGCUGCUGCAGCUGCUUUUGCUGCUGUUGCUGCUGCUGAUGCUGCUGCUGCUGAUGGUGCUGUUGCUGCUGCUUCUGAUGCUUCCGCACCUGCUGCUGCCCAUGCUGCCUCUGAUGCCGAUGCUGCUGUUGGUGUUCACGCUGAUGUUGCCACUGCUGCUCCCUCGGGCCCUCGUUCUUCUGCUGCUGCCGCCAACGCAUCCCCUGCCGCCGCCGCCAGCACAGCCGCCACUGGUGCUGGAGGUGCAGCAGUAGGGGCUGAUGGUCCUUCGAAGUCGUCUCAAAAGGCAACAGCAGGUGCUGGUGGGGCAAGCUCGGCAGGCAAGAGUGCAAGUGCGGAAGCGCAAGAAGAGGAGGGGAUGGAGGUGGUGUGGUUGAGCGAUGAUGAGGUUGAUAGUGAUGAUGAUAGUGAUCGUGAUGGCAGUGACAACCAUAACGAGGAUGAGGACGUGGUGGAGUUGAGUGGGCGGGAGGUGCAGGAAGCCAUGCUGCAGGCGAGGCUCAGGAACGCGCAGAGGCAGAUGAUGCGCUCCAUGGGGGGCGGCACGCCGGGCGGCGUUCUGGGCGGCGUGCCGGGCGGCGUGCCGGGCGGCGUGCCGGGCGGCAGCACAUUGGGAGGCAUGCCGGGUGGCGUAGUGGGCGGCCCGGUGGGCGGCACGGUGGGCGGCACUGUGGGCGGCAUGGCUGGGAACAUGGCACGGGGAUUGGGAAGUGGCGUGGGGAUCGGUACAGGAUUGGGAAUAGGCGCUGGUGAUGGGAGGAGGGAGGGCAGGGACGGGAGGGGUGUGGCUGAAGGGGUUGCUGCGGAGGGCAGAGAGAGGAGAGAGGGGAGUGAGGGGAGUGAGAGUAGUGUGGUGAGUGUGAUCAGUAUGGCGAGCGAUGAUGAUGAGGAUGGGGUGGGUGAUGAGGUGAGGCAGCAGUGGGAGCAGCUGGGGCAGCUGAAGGCUGUUAUGUCGCCGCAGAGGCAGAGGGAUCGGAGGGACGAAGGUGAGAGAAGCAGAGACCGGGCGAGCGUUGGACAGCAGCAGCGUAAUCAGCUGCGGGGUAACCAGCAGCAGCAGCAGCAAGAGGUUUUGCAGUGGCAGCGGCAGCAGCAGGAGGCGAGGCAGCAGGUGCAGCUGGAGCAGGAGGUGAGAGAACGGUUCGGAGAGCGAGUGCUGCUCCGAGACCAAGGGGGUGAUGAGGAGGAGGACGAGGACGGAGAGGGGGGAGAGGGGGGAGGUGGUGGGAGUGGGAGGAGGAGAGGGAGGGAAAGGGCGGUUGGGAAUCUGCGGCAGUGGUUUGGGGUUGGGAUGGGAGGGAGAGGGGUGGAUAGGGAGGAGGAGAGGCGAGAGUUUGUGGAGGCGAGGAGGAGGAGUGCGGCAGACGCUCUGAGACACUUCAGGAGCAUGCGGGACGAGGGGAUGGUGGACCGGUUACCACGCUUACCACCACAGCCUGAGCCGAACCAGCAAACCGCAAUGCGGCAGAUCCUGGAAGGCCUAUCCCUCGCGGGAACAGCAGAGGAGGCGGAAAUGCCGGCAGGGGCUUUAAGAGUGCCGCUGCUGACGCACCAGCGCAUGGCAGUGGCGUGGAUGAGGCGCAGAGAGGCGUCUAUCCCUGCUGGGGGCAUACUGGCGGAUGAUCAAGGGCUGGGGAAGACUCUCACCACGAUUGCGCUGAUUGUGCUGGGCGUGCGGGAGGGCAGGGAGAGGGAGAGACGGGAGAGGGAGAAGGGGAAGGGGGUUGUUAAGGAGGAGGGGCAGAUGCUGCUGUUGACGGGUGGUGCGGGUACGGGUGAUGCCGGUCCUUCUGGUGCCGGUCCUUCUGGUGCUGGUGCAUCUGGCGCUGGUACAAGUGGUGGUGGUGGUGCUGCUACUGCUGGUGCUGCUGGUGGGGUGCCUGUAACAGGAGGAGGAAGAGGAGGAGGAGGAAUGGGAAUGGGGGGCAGCAGCAAGAUGGAAGUGGUUGAUUUGGAGGAAGACGAGGAGGGGGAGACGGGGCGGGGGAGACGGGGCGGGAAGAAACAACGUCUAGCAGCUCCAGUGCUGCCAGUGGCAGGCGCAGCAAUGCGACCUGGCGUUUCGGCAGCCGCCACCUCAGCAGCUGCCAGCUCAGCAGCUGCCGCGUCAGCAGCUGCCACGUCAGCAGCAGGCAGCGCAGGUGGCGGCAGAGGCAAGCGCGUGAGUGGCGGCACGCUGGUGGUGUGCCCCACGAGCAUCCUGCGGCAGUGGGAGCGGGAGAUUCGAGAGCGAGUGGGCGACCUUGGGGAAGCAGCAGGCACUGCUGCUGCUGCUGCUUCUGGCGCUGCUGGCGCUGCUGGCGGUGGGGGAGACGAGAGGUUGGCUAGUGGAACUGGGGAAGGAGGAGGGAGGAGAGGAGGAGGAAGCACAGGAAUAGGAGGAAUAGGAGGGGGAGGGGGCGGGGGAAGAGGGUUAUCAGUGCUGGUGUAUCACGGGCCGGGGCGCACGAGGAGUGCAGCGGAGGUGGCAUCGUACGACGUGGUGCUCACCACCUAUGCCAUCGCUGCUAUGGAUGUGGGCGGAGGGCGAGGGGGUGAUGGCGGCGAGGGGGGGAAAGGCAAAGGGAAGGAGCCUUCGUGGGAGGAGGUGAUGGGGAUUGGUGGGGGUGGUGGGGGCGGGGCGGGGGGGAAGAGGAAGGCUGGUGGUGGUGAGGGGGGGAGUGGUGGGAGUGGGGGGAGUGGGGGGGGUCCGCUUGCGGGGGUGGCGUGGCUGCGAGUGGUGCUGGACGAGGCACAGGCCAUCAAGAACCGCAACACUCAGGUGGCGAGAGCAUGUUGGGCUUUAAGGGCCAAGAAGCGGUGGUGUCUCUCAGGCACUCCCAUGCAGAAUGCAGUGGACGAUGUGUACUCCUACCUGCGCUUCCUGCGCUUCCCCUUCCUCCCCCUCACCCCCCUCCUCCUCCAGGUAGCGAGAGCAUGCUGGGCUCUGAGGGCCAAGAAGCGGUGGUGCCUGUCAGGCACGCCCAUGCAGAACGCGGUGGACGAUGUGUAUUCCUACCUGCGCUUCCUGCGCUUCCAAUUCACCCCUUUCUCCCGGCGUCCCCCAGGUGGCAAGGGCGUGUUGGGCUCUAAGGGCCAAGAAGCGGUGGUGCCUCUCCGGAACGCCCAUGCAGAACGCAGUAGACGAUGUGUAUUCCUACCUACCUGCGCUUCCCCUUCAACCCGUUCUUCCACCCUCUCCCAGGUAGCAAGGGCGUGUUGGGCUCUGAGGGCCAAGAAGCGGUGGUGCCUGUCGGGCACGCCCAUGCAGAACGCAGUGGACGACGUGUACUCCUACCUGCGCUUCCCCUUCAAUUCAACCCCUUUCUUCCCCCCUCCCCCAGGUGGCAAGGGCGUGCUGGGCAUUGAGGGCGAAAAAGAGGUGGUGCCUGUCGGGCACGCCCAUGCAGAACGCGGCGGUGCUGCUGGCUGUCAUGCUGCGCCGCACCAAGGCCACGCGCAUCAAGGGAGCGCCCAUCCCAUAGUGGACCUGCCACCGCACAUAGUGGCGCUGCAGCGAUCCCCGUCAUCCCCUUCUUCCCCUCCCUCUGCCCUCCGCCCUCUCCUUCCCCCUGUCCCCCCCACCAGCCACGCGCAUCAAGGGAGCGCCCAUAGUGAACCUCCCUCCGCGCAUACCACGCGCAUCAAGGGAGCGCCCAUAGUGGACCUGCCCCCGCGCAUAGUGGCGCUGCAGCGAGCGGAGUUCACCCCAGAGGAGAGGGCCUUGUACCUCUCUCUCGAGGCCUCCUCCAAGCGCCAGUUCCACGACUACGCGGCAGCAGGCACAGUACAGAACAACUACAUGCACAUCCUCACCAUGCUGCUGCGCCUGCGCCAGGCCUGCAACCACCCCGCCCUCGCCAAGGGCGCGCCCAUCGCCCGGGGCAAUGGAGCAGGAGGAGGAGGAGGAGGAGCAGGAGGAGGAGCAGCGCGAGGGCGAAGCGGGGUUGGAGCAGGAGGAGGGGGGAGCGGUGGGGGGAGUGGUGGGGGGAGUGGUGGGGGGAGUGGAGGGGGGAGUGGUGGGGCGGGUGGGCGGCGGAGUGUGUUUGCCGGGUCAGUGGGGAGGCUAUCAGCGGGUAAACGCGCCGAGUUAGUGCGGCAGGUGGCGCAGGUGGGGGGAGAGGCGGUGUGUGAGCUGUGUGGGGAUGCAGCGGAGGUGCCGGUGCUGUCUGUGUGCCUGCACACCUUCUGUGAGCAAUGUGCUCUGCAGCAUCUCGCUCAGUCUGAUACCCCUCUCUGCCCUUGCUGCGGCAAAGCCUUCUCUCCUGCGUCGCUCUGCUUGUUUUCGGAGCUGGAAGGUGUAGGGAGUGGUGGGAUGGGUGCGGGAGGGGUGGUGAUGGGUGGAGCAGGGGGUGGGAUGGGGAUGGGAGCAGCGGCAGGCACGUUAGCAACAACUUCACUGGCAGAAGGGAGGGGAGGGCAGCAGCAGGCGGAGGAGGAGAGGGAUCCGCUCUUCUUCUCUCCCUCUCGCAUGUCCACCAAGGCUCGUGCUGUUCUCAACUACCUCCUCGCCCUCCCUCUCAUGCCCGCUGCUCCUCCUCCUUCUGCUGGCGCUGCUGCUGCUGCUGCCCUCCCUCUCAUGCCCCCUGCUCCUCCUCCUUCCUCUGCUGCUCCUCCUGCUGCUGCUACCCUUCCCACCUCUUCUCUUCCCCUCUCCCUUCCUUCCUCCGUUCCCGCCCCCUUUCCCUCCCCCGUUCCCACUUCUCUCCCCUCCUCCCGUCCCUCCUUCCUCCCUCCAUCGCAACCCUCCAUGCAAUUUCCCAGUGCACGCAUUAUCUCUGGCCCUGUUCCCGUGAGUAACCCUCCCACCUCGAGUUCUUUCGUUUCCACUCCUCCCUCCGCUCCUCUCUCCUCUACCCCUUCCUCCUCCACCCCUCCCUCCUCCAUCCCCCCAUCCUCCAUCCCCCCAUCCUCCACCCCUCCCUCCAUGGCACCUGGCGGAAUGGUGAAGGAGGAGGAGCAAGGAGGGGUGAGAGGUGUGGCAGUGGGAGGGGUUUCGGGAGACUUUGCAGCAAGGCAUAAUGCGGGUGCAGGGGAUGCAGGCAGUUCAGGUGCUGGUGCAGGUGUGAGUGCAGGUGGUAUCGCAGGUGGUAGUGCAGGAGGGGGUGCAGGUGGGGUUGCAGGUGGGAGUGCGGGCACGGGAGGAGUGAAGGAGGAAGCGUCUGAUGGCGGCGGUAAUUGUGGGCUGAUUCCGCAAGGAGGGGAGAAAAACGGCCAGUUGCAGCAGCAGCAACGGGAUCCGCAGGAGCAGCAGCAGCAGGCGCAGAAGCAAGAGGCAGAGGAGGCGCAGUGGAUGGCGGGGCUCUGGGCGGAGAUUGCUGCGACCGCUGUGCUGGAGGAGGGAGAUGUGGGGCCGGCAGGGGCAGGUGGGGCACCGGGGGAAGGGGCACCUGGGGUAGGGGCAUUUGUGGAAGGGGCAUUUGGGGAAGGGGCACCUGUGGAGGGGGCACCUGGGGAAGGGGCACCUGGGGAGGGGGCACCUGGGGAAGGGGCACCUGGAGAAGGGGCACCAGGUGGGUGGGCACCUGACCUACCACGUGCGCAUGUGACAGGAGGCUCAGUGAAAGCAGAAGCGGUUGAGAAUGGUGGGUAUGGGAAUGCAGGAAUGUUCUGUCCAUCAGGUGGGUGGGCACCUGGCCUACCGCCACCUGGUCCACUUCCUGACGCACCUGACCUAAAACCUGAUUCAAUACCUGACGUGCCUGAUGUAAAACCUGCAGCAUCUGCUUCAGCAUCUGCUGCACCUGAGCAGUUUGGACUGAUGGAACAAGCAGGGCAGGCGGGCCAGAUUGGGCAGGCGGGAGAGGGAGGGACUCGGCACGCAGCUGGGGUGGCUAAGGGCUGCCAGGAAGGUUCAGUGGAAGGUGGUAGUGGGAAUGGAGGUGGAGCAAGAGCGGCGUGUGGCAGUCCGCUUAGAUUCUUGAUCUCAGCAGCGGCGCUAGCAUCUGCCCUGCGGCAUGUUGUGGCACUGCCGCCUUCAGUAUCCCCUGCCGCCCCUGCCGCCCCUGCCGCCCCUGAACCCCAUGCACCCCAUGCACCCCAUGCACCCUCUGCCGCCCCUGCACCCCUUGCACCCAUUGCUGCCCCUGUCCCUCGCCCUCUCUCUGCUGCCCCUGCACCACCCGCUCCCACUGCUGCCCAUGCGUCCCCUGCUCUCCUUCAAUAUGCUGCGCCCUAUGCGCCCCAUCCGUCCGUUGCCUCUCCUAUGCCAUCUGCUCACCUCCCUCCGCUCGUACCCCCUGCAGCCGCCCACCUCCCCCGCCCCGCUCCUCCUCCACCUGCCCCUGUGUUGGCUACUCCCGUGGGAAGCACAGCAGGCAGGCCGGCAGAGGGGCAAGCGAGGGCAAGCACAGAACAGCGUGAGCUGGCGCUGGUGCCUGUGGCACAGGAGAACGCAUUAGUCAGUGAACGGGAGGAGGUGGGGAGAGAUCUAGCACUAGUAAACACUCCCUCGGAGGAGAGCGGAAAGGCAAUAGUGAGUGCCACUCCCGUAAUGGUGAGGGAGAAGGCGAUAGUGUUCUCGCAGUGGACGCGCAUGUUGGACCUGCUCGAGCUCCACCUGGCUGCUGCUGGCAUCCCCCACGUGCGCCUCGACGGCACCAUGUCUGUGGCCGCUCGAGACAGGGCCAUCGCUGAUUUCACCUCCGAUCCGCAGGUCCGUGCAUUCCCAAGGCUGGUUGGCGAUGCUCCCAAGGUUGGCGAUGCUCCCAAGGUUGGCGAUGCUCCCAAGGUUGGUGAUGCUCCCAAGGUUGGCGAUGCUCCCAAGGUUGGCGAUGCUCCCAAGGUUGGUGAUGCUCCCAAGGUUGGCGAUGCUCCCAAGGUUGGCGAUGCUCCCAAGGUUGGUGAUGCUCCCAAGGUUGGCGAUGCUCCCAAGGUUGGCGAUGCUCCCAAGGUUGGUGAUGAUCCCAAGAGUGUUGAUGAUGCCGCCGUAGACUCUCCCCCCAAGCGUUACACUAAGGACGGGGUGGAGAAAAAACCGCAACAACCCGAUCACCAUAUUUAUAGGCAUUUUUGGACGUUCGAUAAUCCCGCCAAGAAGGGGAAGCAGUGCGAGUGCCUUUGGUGCGGAAAAACGUUCGCUCUUAGUAGUAGCCGAUGCACUCAGCAUCUCGCCGUUUGGGAUGACGCGAACGUGCGGCGCGAUGGUGGAGUUGUGUGCGCGGAUGUUCCUAAGCGCGUUUCCGACGCCAUUCGCAACUCGAAGGAAACGAAGAAGACGGCGCGUAAGGAUAAGGAGAGGGCUUUGGAGGAGGCGCUCACGGCAGUGGGCGGCCAAGGCGGAGCGGGUCCGAAGGCAAAGAAGGGGCGGAUGAAGGAUUGGUAUGGCGAGGGGGGGAUGUCGGCGAAGCGUGCGGCAGACGAUGCGAUUUGCCUCUUCAUCGCGGGGACGCGCUCGGCGGAGGUCAUUUGCGAGCACCCCCUCUUCCUCAACAUGAUGCGCGCCGUUAGCGCCGCCGGUGGCGGCUACGUUCCGCCCAAGGUGGGCUACGUUGGAGGCGCCGGGUUGCUGGCGUGCAAGCAGCAGAUUGAGAAGGGUUUGUCGCCCAUUACGAAGUCGUGGAAAGAGACCGGCGUGACGAUCGCCAGCGAUAUGAUGAAGGACAAGAGCGGGCGCGCGCAGAUGAACGUCGUCUUCAUCAACGCCAGUGGAGCGGUUUUCCAGGAGGCGUUCGACUGUAAGGCGGAGACAAAGACUGGGGCGUUCAUCGUGAGCGUCCUGCAGCCGCUGAUCGAGAAGCUUGGACCGGAGCACGUCGUCGCGAUUUGCACGGACGGCGGCAGCAACUACGUGUCCGCCGGCAAGCUGCUGCAGAAGAAGUACCCGCACUUGGAGUUCGUCCCCUGCGCCACUCACCUGCACGGCGAGAAGAAGUCGCUGCAGCCGCUGCGACCGGCGGGCACACGCUUUGGGACGCAGUACAUUGCGGUUUCACGCCUUAAGGAGAUUCGCCAGCACCUGGUGAACAUGGUGAUGCACACGGACUGGGCCGAGAAGGGGAGGAAGCAGCAGACUGGAACUACUUUUGAGAAGGCGGUGAUGGAUGUGGAGUGGUGGGGCAAGGUGGACACCUUCGUCAUGGUGAUGGAGCUGCCGUACAAGUUGAUGAGGAAGACGGAUGGGCCAGCGAAGGGGAUGAUGGGGGCAUUGUACGACAUGAUGCUGCAGCUGACGGUGGACCUGACGGAGUUGUUGGAGAGGGCGGAUUGUAAGCUUAAGGAGUCGGAUAAGGAGGAUUUGCUGGAGCAUUUGAGGAGGCGAUGGGAUGAGAGUUUGGCCUGCCCUCUUCACGUGGUAGGCCGGAUUCUUAACCCGGUCAACCAGGAGGAGGGGAUAUACCUUAAGGACAGAGAGUGCACCAGGGUGAUGAAGGCGUGGCUGCAACGCUCGAGGGCCUUCGUCGACAAGUAUUGGAAGAAGGACGGCGAGCGGGAGGGAACGAUGUUGGCGCUGCAGGAGGGGAUGCUGGCGUACAUUGAGGGCAGGGGGGGGUUUGGGUCGGAGGAGGCGGUAGCGGGCCGUGCGCAGCUGAAGGAGGGGAAGGGGGACAUGGCGGCGUGGUGGAAGGUGAAUGGCUGGGAGUACCCUGAACUGGCAGGCCUUGCGCGCCGGGCGGUGUCACAGGCCGUUUCCGCCUCUCCAUGCGAGCGGGGAUGGUCUGUGUGGGAUGGGGUGCACACGGCGCGCAAGAACAGGCUUGGGUCGGAGAAGGUGCGCGACCUGGUGUUCGUGGCGCACAACUGGCCGGUUGUGCACGGCCACCACCAGGGCGCAGCUGGUGGAGCAGGGCCAAGUGGGGAAGUGAGGAGGGCGGGGGUGGUGGAGGGUAACAUUCCCACCCCUCCCCUCCCCAAGGGAUACAAGUUGGAGGAGGACGGGGAGAGGGAGGUGGACGAGGACGACCCGGCAGUCGACGAGUACAAGGACCAGGAAGCGAUGGACGAAGAGGAGGAGAAGGAGAGCGAGGAUGAUGGGGAUGCGUGA